GAGCUGAAACACUUGUUUUUUUUUUUCUGGUGGGGGAGGACCUCUAGUAUGAGAACUUCCAUUCCAGCUCUUUUGAUUUAUUUCAUUCUCACAUGUGAUCAUUUUCUUCAUUUUGACCAUCCGACCUCGUUAUUUCGCCCUCAUUUUUCUGCUGCUGUCACCCACAGUUUGUUGCUCACCACCACCAGCAUCAGCUGAAAGGGGGAUAUCUCACCCUUCCACCACCAGCCAUCCUUGUACUUUUCUCUGCCGCUGCUCUGGAUUUUGGCGAGCAUUUGGUGGACUAUAACGCAGAGGGAUUUAUAUUUGUAUCGAUUUCCAUCUAAAGCCCGGUGCACCAGCGGACACCACCACUUUUCCUCUCCGAGGGAUGUAUAACAGCGGGUUGAAGUCUUGCGCCCUGAUGAGGGGAGAAUAUUAACGCAGUGUCCGCUGAAUGAACUACUGCCGUGCGCCUUUGGUUUUUGGAGCAGGUCUCUGAUCUGGAGAUGCUCUGAUAGGGGUUUUUGGUCCGUGCGCAUCCCCACUGGAUCGGGAUAUAAGGUGAAGAAAUUUCGGUCGGCUCUCUCUGGAGCGCUUGUCUUCUGAUUUCUUUUUGAAUGGACAUACACAUUUGGGGCUUUUUUUCGAGACGGAUUGUGCAUCCAAGCCGGAGGCACGUAGAAUAACCAUGGGGGACUCGAUGUGGAGAUAUUAUUUUGGAGUUUUGUUUAUUGCCUUCAAAGUGGACUUGUGCCGGGCGCUCAUCCUGGAGUCCAUCUACUGGAACACAACAAACACCAAAUUUGUGCAAGGCCAAGGUGUGGUAUUGUACCCCCAGAUUGGGGAUAAGUUGGACAUUGUGUGCCCUCGCGUGGAUGGUGGGAUUGGCGAAGGCGUGGAGUAUUACAAGGUGUACAUGGUGCCCAGGGAGCAGCUGGAGAGCUGCACCAUUACCAAGGCUGACACGCCACUCCUCAACUGUGUCAAGCCUGACCAGGAUGUCAAGUUCACCCUCAAGUUUCAGGAGUUCAGCCCCAAUCUGUGGGGACUGGAGUUCUUCAGAGGGAAAGACUACUACAUCAUCUCUACAUCUAAUGGCACCAUGGAGGGCAUCGACAACCAGGAGGGGGGAGUGUGCAAGACCAAGUCCAUGAAGAUAAUCAUGAAAGUGGGACAAAAUCCCUCUGACCCUAUUUCACCCAAAGACAACCCCACCAGAGUACCGUAUCCUCCCAAGCACUCAGAUGGCAAGGGCACUUACAACCCUAACGACGUGUUGGAGAAACCAGAUUCAGCGUCAAGAGAAAGCAACGACAACAACGGAAGCGGUGGAAAGUCGUCCAGUGUAAUCGGCUCUGAGGUAGCCAUCUUUGUCGGCAUCGCCUCAGGCAGCGUCAUCUUUAUCAUCAUCAUCAUCAUGCUGGUCCUGCUGCUGCUCAAGUACCGACGGCGGCACCGCAAGCACUCACCGCAGCAUGCAGCCACGCUGUCUCUAAGCACCCUGGCCACACCUAAACGGAGUGGAGGGGGUGGAAACAAUAACGGCUCGGAGCCCAGCGACAUCAUCAUUCCGCUCAGGACUGCUGACAGCGUCUUCUGCCCGCACUAUGAGAAGGUCAGCGGCGACUACGGACACCCAGUAUACAUAGUUCAGGAGAUGCCGCCUCAGAGCCCGGCCAACAUCUAUUAUAAAGUCUGAGGUGAAACUUUUAAAGGCAGGAACUGCAACAAUCCACGGGCAGAGCAGGUUUUUGGUUUCGGCAGGCACCGCUGGCACACCCGCCAACAAACACUCUUGCUCUUUGUCUCUCUGUCUCUCUCACUCUGGCAACUCCUCCCUCUUUUCUCUCAUGUUUUUGUCACAAUUUUUUUCCUCAAAGUUUUGCUGAUACCUUGUCACGCUGGUUCAGUCACAAUCGAUGUGGACGGGAUUAGUGGAGGCCAGGAGAAAAGGCUGCUGUUGCCACUGCUGCUGUUCUGGGAAAUAGAGAAGAUGAGCUCUUCUUUCCCCAGUGUGGCAACUAUUUUUGAAUUUUUUUUUUUCUUCGUGCACUGCAGUCCGCAUUCUGGAGGAGUUUUUGUGGGAUCAGGAAGUUAGACAGAUGCACAGUGUGUUUUUUUUAAUCUUUGGGACAAAUAGGCGUAUAUAUGGAGAACAGACAAAAAAUGAGGAGGAGACUUAACGGAGACGUAUGGGCUGCCCAAGAACUCACAAAAUGGCUGCCCUCCCUUGAUGAUCGCAGGCCAGAGAGACUGUGUGAAUUUACCAGCUGGACCAGGAAGAGGGAGAGAGAUUCUUACACUGACUUUUCCUGAGUGACUCACAACGAUCACCCAUUCACCCUGCCACCCACAUGCUCACCCUCACAAACACACACAUAUUCACCCACACACACACAGACACACUGUCUCACUGGUAAGUGUGAACUGUUUGGGUUUAAGUGCAGAUCACACCACUUCUACUCAUUCCCAGAUAUGUUUUUAAAUCAGAUCUCUCAGAUGUUACUUGAAGGUUUUCAGAAAAAAAAAACAGAUUCCCUGUUGUUGUGAACAUUUACUGGUUUUGUUUUCGGUCAUAUCUGGUUUUUGCCUCCUGGUAUAGUCCAGAUAGAGGUUUUCUUUUCCUUUAGGGACAUUGUCAUAUGUGGUGUUCAAACACAAGUGACUCUACAGUGGCUAGGAGAGGCAAGAGCAUGAAAAAAACUAUCUCUUUAUGAGAGGGUGCAAAAAUGACGUCAGGUCUGCCCAAGUGGAUUCUGGGAAGAGUGGAGGAACUUUCAUAUUACAUAGUGCAGCACUUUUAACCCCUCUUUUAUUCUUUGGUACCUCCACUCUCCACAGCGGUCCACAGAGAGAGACACAGUGAUAGGUAGAGAUGGGAGAGCAGCUGUAACCUGUCAGAUUUAGUAGCGAGGGCUCGCCUCUUGAACCUGGGCUUUCUGUACAGGAAAGCUUUUUGGGGCAAUAAGAAAUCCAGUUCGCCUUACUGCCGUUUUUUUACGCAUCAGGUGAAGUAGAGGCCCGAGAUCUAGUUGAGGUUAGCAUAGCUGGCUGAGACAGCUCUAGGUACUGUAAUGUUUACCCAUAGGGUCCAGUGAUGAUGAAGGUUGCCCAAGGGCCCAAAAUCAGCAUGACCGGUGCUCUCCUAUUCUUGUUAUUAAAUAAAGCACAGGGACAUCUACUUACAUUGUCACUGCUUCUCAGUCUUCAUUAGCAUUUCCAUGUUGUAAGUUUUUGAUUUACUUCUUUCUUUUUUUUCCUUUUACUAAAUAGAUGUACAUUUAAAAAAAAAAAAAGAAGAAAAAAAAGG